AUGAUUUGUCAAAAGUGCCGCACGCCGCUGAAACUGGACAGUUCCCUUGAGGAUCUGAAUCCUGCGGCGUACGAUCUUCUCGUCGCCUCUUCCUCACAACAGUCACCCAAGAAGACGCCUUCGUCACGGCCAUACCACCCGCAAGAUGGCCAAAGAAAGGUGCUCUACGAAAAGGUCUCGCAAAACGCAGCUGCCGCGACCUUUAAGCGUCAUGGCAGCGGGCCAUCGAACUCCGCGCAACGAGAUUCGACCAUGUCCUUCAUCUACCUCACCGAAUCACAAGUCGCCCAACCGGUGCUCUCUCGACCCGAACCACUGCCAGCGAAUACGAGAUCAAAUAGGGAAUCGAAAGGCGGGCAGAAGAUGCAGGAGGAGCAGCGUGGCGGUAGCAAGGCCCACGAAAUGGAGCGCAUCAACAAGCUGUUCGAGAUUCUCUCCGCGCGAUCCGAUAUCGACCAUCCUAUUUGCGUCGAGUGCACCGAUAUGCUCGUAGAAGGCCUUCAGAAAAAGUUGGAUGCCGCGGCGAGGGAGCGCGAUGCCUACGUCGGGUUUUUGAAACAAGUGCAGAGCGACCAGCCGAGCGAGGAGGACGUCAAAGCACAAGAAGAAGCCCUGAAGAAGGCAAAACAGGCGGAGACGGAUGCCAUGGCAGAGUUGCUACGCUUGGAGAAGGCCAAGGCAUCAGUGGACGCGGAAAUUAUCGCCUUGGAGGAGGAAGCCCAGCAGCUUGACCAAGAAGAAGAGCAGUUCUGGCGCGAACGCAAUGCCUUUGCCACCAAGCUUGCCGACUUCCAGAAUGAGCGCGACAGCACGAAUUCCAGGUUUGACAAUGAUGCCCAGUUACUGGAGAAGCUUCAACGCUCCAAUGUGUAUAACGACACGUUCUGCAUCAGCCAUGACGGCACGUUUGCUACCAUCAAUGGGUUACGGCUCGGCCGACUGUCGAACAAGCCGGUUGACUGGCCUGAGAUCAACGCAGCAUGGGGUCACGCGCUUCUUCUGCUAGUCACAGUUGCUGACAAGUUAGGCUACAAAUUCGAUGGGUUUGAGCCGCAGCCUAUGGGAAGUACGUCAAAGAUCAUUCGAUACGAACUACCAUCGCCAACGGCUAGCCGCCUAGGUUCGCAUCGGAACGCGCCACCGCCAGCUCCGAAGAAGCAUGUCCUGGAACUAUUCUCGAACGGAGAUCUACCCCUAGGAUUAACAUUCAUGCACCGCAAAUUCGACAAUGCAAUGGUUGCAUUUCUUGAAUUGGUGCGGCAGCUUGGCGCUUUUGUGCAUCGACAGACGGCAGCCGACGGCCACCCGCUCAGCCUUCCUUAUAAAAUUGAGGGUGACAAGAUCAUGGACGUGAGCAUCAAGCUCGGUAUUGCUCAAGAUGAUGGGUGGACGAAGGCGUGCAAGCUCACCCUUACGUGCUGCAAAUUCCUGCUCGCGCAUGCCAGUAACGUAAAUACGAGCGCGAGGUCUGCCAAUAAUCAUUGA